UGGGAGGUGUUAGGUAAAAGCAAAAGAGUAGUGUGAAGGAAUCGUCUGGUACACCGAUCACCGAUUGGUCUCCGUCUCAAACUUUUAGAGAGAGAAAGAUGUAUAAACACAUAUACAUAUAGAGAGAGGGUGAGGAAGUUGCGGAACUCAGAUUUCUGGUGUCUCAACAAAGAUGCCAGAUUCAGCUGAUUUAGGAAAGAACAGUGAAAAUCAUGGGAGUCAAUUUAGGGAAGACAGUGAAUAUAUGAGGCUGGUUAUAUCCAAUGAACCAAGGAUAGCUGAAAAUGAUGUCUUACAAUCUCAAGCAGAAACAAAAAAUAAGUCAUUUAUCUGGUGGAUCAAGACCAUAAUAUGGUGUUUUACUAGUAUAAUAAUCCUUCUCAUUUUCUUGAAAUGGGGAGUGCCAUUGCUUAUUGAGAAGGUUCUUUUUCCAAUCUUGCAAUGGGAAUCCACUGCCUUUGGUCGUCCAGUUCUUGCACUUGUACUUGUUGCUUCUCUGGCACUGUUUCCUGUGUUCUUAAUCCCUUCUGGCCCUUCGAUGUGGUUGGCUGGAAUGAUUUUUGGAUAUGGUCUUGGGUUCGUUAUAAUCAUGGUUGGAACAACUAUUGGUAUGAUCCUUCCAUAUUUGAUUGGAUUACUCUUCCGUGACCGAAUUCAUCAAUGGCUAAAGAGAUGGCCUCAGAAAGCAGCUAUGAUCAGAAUUGCUGGGGAAGGGAGCUGGUUCCAUCAAUUUCGAGUGGUUGCCCUCUUCAGGGUCUCACCAUUCCCAUACACAAUUUUUAAUUAUGCAAUAGUGGUGACCAGUAUGAAUUUUUGGCCUUAUUUAUGUGGUUCGGUAGCUGGAAUGGUUCCAGAAGCCUUCAUUUACAUCUAUAGUGGUCGAUUAAUAAGGACGUUAGCAGAUAUCAAGUAUGGGAACCAUCACCUGACUUCAGUGGAAAUAAUAUACAACGUUAUCUCCUUCAUUGUUGCAAUCAUCACCACAGUUGCUUUUACUGUCUAUGCAAAGAGGACUCUGAAUGAACUUAAAAGUGCAGAGAUCAAUGAAGAAGCCUCCGCCUCUGAUCAUGGCAGAUUUGAGAUGGAAAAGCUUCCACUUGAAAGACCUAAGCAUCUGGGUUCAUCAUCAUCCUUGUCAUAGCCCUAGAUGGUUUUUAAAUUGUUACUGUAUACAACUGGAGCUAAUGAGGGGUUUCGGUUAGAUCCCUAGGAGGAGGAAAAACAGAGAAAAUACUGUAAAAUGUGUCAGAGAUGGAAGUGUAUUGAGUCUAUUAGCAAAUAAAAUUUCCUCUCUUUUUUUUUUUUUUGUAAAAUUAUUAUUAUCCUCUUUAUACUGGGCAGGUGUCAAUUGAUGUUGAAAAAUAACAUGAGAAUUUACCA